AUGGGGAUGGCUGCGAGUGCGGAGGCGGUCUGGCUCAUCGCCAUGGACGAGCUUCAUCCUCUUCAGGCCCACAGGUGUGAUUUCCUUCUGCUCCCACAGGUUUAUCUGGUGAACAGCGAAGGCGUGGGCUUCUGCGGUGCAUCCAUCAUCAAUGAGAAAUGGGUAGUGACGGCAGCGCACUGCCUGCAGCCAGGCGAUGACGUCACUGCCGUGGCAGGUGAAUACAACACCAACGAGGAAGACAACACGGAGCAGCGGCGUAAGGUGGUGAAAAUCCUUCCCUAUCCCACGUACAACGCCACGAUCAACAAGCACCACAACGACAUAGCCCUCCUGGAGCUGGACCAGCCGCUCAGCUUCAACAGCUACGUCACCCCCAUCUGCAUCGGCAACCGGGAGUUCACCAACGCCCUGCUGAAGCACGGGAUGGGGACGGUGAGCGGCUGGGGCAGCAUGCUCUUCCGCGGCCGGCCCGCCACCGUCCUCCAGAUCCUCAAGGUGCCCUUUGUUGACCGGCCGACCUGCCUCAAGAGCACCUCCACCACCAUCCUGCAGAACAUGUUCUGCGCCGGCUUCCCGGCUGGGGGCAGUGACACCUGCGGGGGGGACAGCGGAGGUCCCUACACCACCGAGAUUGAGGGCACCUGGUUUCUCACGGGGAUCACCAGCUGGGGCGAGGAAUGUGCCAAGCCAGGUAAAUACGGCAUCUACACCAGGGUCUCCAAAUACCUGAAGUGGAUAAAGGAAAUCACGAGGCUUGCCUAA